GGGCUAGGUAGGUGACGGCGAUGUUGGACGGCGAACGUUGCACCGUGGGAGGGGAAGUGGGACGCGGGGUGGGAGGGGCCUAUAUAGAUGGGUGUUCGCACCUGCGUCGCGACUGCUGUUUGUGGUGAUAUUGGAAUGACAUAAUUACCCCUCGAUUUACUACUAGUACUCACACUUACCCCGCCAACACCGAAACCAACAGCAAUAGCAACAUCUACCAUAACAUCUGAGGAGACAGAAAGAAAGAUGGCCUCAGACUCAGAGUCAGGGAUCGUGAUUAGACCAUUCAAUUCUGCUCCAGACUCGUGGGACGAAGUAGCUGUCUCGCGCAUCUGCGAAAUCACCGCUCCCCCAGACGUACGCUCCGUCCUCGCCCCCGCGCCGUCAGCACCACUGGGGCCGUAUCUAUGGGCAAUCCCCUAUGUGCGGCUAGAACCCGGGACAUGUUUCGUCCUGGAUGCUUCCGCCUCCGCCUCUAAUGACAGCAAUAACGAGGAUGUAACGGGAACGUCAAGCCUAGUACCCGCAAACUGCGUAGGCUACAUCCUCUGCGCACCUUCAACGCCCUCAUUUGUCGCUGCAUACGAGGAGACCUACCUCCCCAGCCUCCCCUCCUCGUGGGCCGCGCCUCCACCACCCGCGCUUCCAUGGUCGGGAGCCACGCUGGGAGGAGGGAUGCUGCAAGCUCUCCACAACCCGUCGUCGAUGCUCCACAGCGAUUUUCCAGAAUUGGUAGAGGAGUACCCGGCACACCUUCACAUCGAUAUCCUCCCCGCCUUUCAAUCCAAGGGGUUGGGGGCGAAGAUGAUAGAAAGGUUGAUGGAGGAAUUGAGGGGGAGGGAGGUGCGGGGGGUUCAUCUUGUUAUGGGGGCGGGGAAUGAGGGUGCCGAUAGGUUUUAUGGGAGGCAGGGAUUUGAGAGGUGGGGGGUUGUUAUGGAUGGCGGGUUGUAG